UGCGGUACAAGGGCCUCUGUGAGCAUGGGUUAUACACACUUCCUUCCAAACUCCCAACCGUUGCGUAUCAAGCUAUCCAAGAGUCCACUUGGCAUCGUAGACUCGGUCAUCCAGCUCCUGCGAUUGCCAAAUCUAUUUUGUCUUCCUUAGGUUUUCAGUUUUCAGAGCCUUUACAUUGUGAAUCAUGAUAUCACCCCACCACUAAAGGGUAUAAAUGCUAUGAACCCAUGUCUCAAAAAGUUUAUGUCUCUCGUCAUGUUCGGUUCGUCGAGGAUCAGUUUCCAUAUCCCAAAUUGUCAUCCCUCCCGUCACCCUCUCCUAUAACCCCUAUUUUUCCUCCAAGCCCAGGCUCACAUGCUCCUGUCCCACUGACGGUCCAACCCCAGGCCCGUCCCACCAGUCACGGACGACAGCCCGACACCCUCCCUAUGGACACGCCACAGACGGUCCAACCCCAGAACCGUACCCCAACCCACCCUCGACCGUCACCUACUCCUCUCCAAAACACACAACCG